AGUAUCCAAGUAUUUAAAACACAAGAGGAGUGGGCACCGCCCAAUGGGGGUGUGUGUGCUGCUUUGAUCCUGUAGUUGAGAUCCAGAGAAUUGAGAGUGAUAUCAUCUGUAACAAUAAUACAGCUUCUCUCGUGAAGAUGAUAUCUGCAAAAAACAUGGCUAAAGUAAUGAUUGUCAUGUUGGCGAUUUGUUUUCUUACAAAAUCAGAUGGGAAACCUCUUAAGAAGAGAUCUGUGAGUGAAAUACAGCUUAUGCACAACCUGGGCAAGCAUCUGAGCUCAAUGGAGAGAGUGGAAUGGCUUCGUAAGAAGCUGCAGGACGUACACAACUUUGUGGCCCUGGGAGCUCCUCUACCUCCCAGAGAUGGUGGGUCUCAGAGGCCUGGUAAAAAGGAAGACAAUGUCGCAGUUGACGACCAUCAAAAAAGUCUUGGAGAGGCAGACAAAGCCGAUGUGGAUGUAUUAAUUAAAGCUAAAUCCCAAUGAAAAUAGAUAUGGUCAGAGCACUGCUCUCGCCAGUGUAGGGCGACAAUAUCACAUGCUGCUAAUUUUUCAAAGCUCUGUUAAGAUUUACCAAGUGCCAAGAUUUCUAAUAUUACCAAACUACAUGCAAACCAUUGCUAACUAUGAUAGCUGUGACUUCAAUUGAUUAUUUUGAUUCUACUUUAAUUCAUUUAAGAGCUCUUUUAAUUUUUCUAUUUCUAUUGUUUAUUCUUUUGAAAGUAUGUUACUGCGUAGCUUAUAAAAGAAUAAAAUUGCACUGUUGAAACCCCUCUUCCACCUUACAAUUCAAAAUAAAAAUGUAAUGAUCAUAAUUACAAAUAAAUGAAGCUAAGUAAUUCUCACUUCUUACAAG